ACCUGAACAGUUACAAUUAAGGUAAGAUUUGUGGCCUACCUGCUUAACCUUAUUCAUAUUUCUUUACAGAAUUUUGCCGAGUGGCUACAGCCAUGUUUUAACUUGCUGAAGAUUGUCGCCUUUGGGCAGUUGUCCCCAAGUGUGGCGUAUAAAAGAUUUCACGUUGCAUUGUAAGGGUUCUAAAGUCCAGAUCUUGAGUUUAAUAAUGGCAGGAAAAUCAUCACUUUUUAAAGUAAUUCUCCUUGGCGAUGGUGGAGUUGGGAAGAGUUCUCUUAUGAACAGAUAUGUGACUAACAAGUUUGAUACCCAGCUCUUCCACACAAUAGGUGUGGAAUUUUUAAAUAAAGAUCUGGAGGUGGAUGGACACUUUGUCACCAUGCAGAUUUGGGACACUGCUGGUCAGGAGCGAUUCAAAAGCCUGCGGACACCGUUUUACAGAGGCUCUGACUGUUGCCUGCUUACUUUUAGUGUCGAUGAUUCUCAAAGCUUCCAGAACUUAGCUAACUGGAAGAAAGAAUUCAUAUAUUAUGCAGAUGUGAAAGAGCCUGAAAGCUUCCCUUUUGUGAUUCUGGGGAACAAGAUCGACAUAAGUGAACGGCAGGUGUCUACAGAAGAAGCCCAAGCGUGGUGCAGGGAAAACGGCGACUACCCUUACUUCGAAACAAGCGCGAAAGAUGCCACCAAUGUCGCCGCGGCCUUUGAGGAAGCAGUUCGGAGAGUGCUUGCUAGUGAGGAUAGGUCAGAUCACUUGAUUCAGACUGACACGGUCAGUCUUCACCGCAAGCCCAAGCCUAGUUCCUCUUGCUGUUGACUGCGAUGCAGGUUGCCUGUGCCGCACACCCUAAGCGCCUCCCAGUGCGCAGAUGUGGCGGGCUGGAAGGGAGGGAUUAGCAUUCGCAGCAAGGGGUCAUCUACUCACAAAGUGAAACUAACCUUCUGCUGCUUCCUGAGUGGGUGAGCGCAGGGACACAGCCACUCAGGAAGGAUCUGUCUGCUCAGUCAGGGCCUUACAUGCUUACAUCGGAACGGUUGUCUAAUGUUUAAUUUAAACUUCUAAGUUACAGAGCUAGCAAAUGAGAUGACCCAGACCUUAAUUACAAUUAAAACACUUGAAUAGUCUAGAAGUUAAUUGGGUUUUUUUUUCCUGGGAAAAAUGGAGAACUUUUUAUAUGUGUAUUUUUAUGUAACUAGCAGUCUAUUGGUUCAGGGCAAGACUUUCCUAAAGCAAUAAUGUUAGGUAUUAAAAUUAAAGUCUAAUGCAUUUGAA